GCCGACCCAAUAAGUUCGUUGUUUUAGAUCCUAACCUAGUUACACCGAUAGCUUCAUCCAUACGCACCGAACUUACUUUAGUUUAUAUUCUAACAAUAUUUCGCAUCAAGGAGGUCCCUGUUCAUAUCGAAGAUAGCAACAGGUCCUUACCCUUUUUGCGUCUCAAUCAACCUUUUAACCUUUUAAUUAACAUCACCAGCCACUCGUAUCAAGCCUCAAUACACAUUACAUACCUCUUUACUCGAAGGAAAGAAGUCGACUUACUAAGUGAAGAAUCAACCGCAUAUACCAAGUCAGCAGCGUUAUUAUACCACGCUUUGCGAGACUAUGGAGUUCAGGGAUUUGGAUCGUCACGCAUUCUACGCGGGACACCCUCGGCCUCUAGCGCCAUCUUCAGGCAGCUUUGAAUCUAUCGAUCCAUCGACCGGUAAGGCUGUCUGUAAGAUACAUAGCUCCUCGCCAAAAUCAGUUGAUGCCGCAAUCCAAUCGGCUCAGGAAGCAUUUCCGUCCUGGUCUCGUACGCCACCUGUAGAAAGAGCACGUAUUCUGCAGCAAGCCGUCGCUCUUCUACGCGAGUACAACGAUGCCCUCGCGCGUGUUGAGACCAUCGACACCGGGAAACCUUUCUCGGAAACUUCCACGGUGGAUAUCACGACUGGCGCCGAUGUCUUGGAAUACUUUGCAAGCUUAGUAGCCAGCGGCGGAUUAAAUGGCGAAUCAUUCCGCCUUCGGCCAACAGCUAUGGUGUACACGUCUAAAGAACCCCUAGGCGUGUGUGCUGGCAUCGGAGCCUGGAAUUACCCAAUCCAGAUUGCCCUGUGGAAGUCUGCGCCUUGCUUGGCUGCCGGAAACUGCAUGGUUUAUAAGCCAAGCGAGUUCACGCCGUUACACGCCGAGUACCUGGCUGAUCUCUACCGGAAGGCCGGCCUUCCAGACGGCGUCUUCAAUGUCGUAUACGGUGGCGGUGACGUCGGGUCCUACCUAACGAGGCAUCCUGCCAUCGCGAAAGUCAGUUUCACCGGACAAGUUAGCACCGGCAUGAAAGUUGCCGGCGCUGCGGCUGGGGGGAUGAAGUAUGUGACCAUGGAGCUGGGUGGCAAGAGCCCGUUAAUUGUCCUUCCAGACGCCGCGGUAGAGCAAGCUGUAGAUGUGGCGAUGAUGGCGAAUUUCUUUAGCUCCGGCCAAGUCUGCACAAACGGAACAAGAGUCUUCGUCCCGAAUUCGAUGAAAAAGUCGUUUGAGCGUAUAUUGCUCGACAAGAUAAAAUUCGUUCGGGCGGGAGACCUUUUUAACCCGGCGACCAACUUUGGGCCCCUCAGCAGCAAGACACACUACGAUAAGGUAGUCCAGUACAUACGCCAGGGCAUUGAGCAGGACAAGGCCACGCUACUCAGCGGCGGGCUGGAACAACCGGCCAACAUACCUCCCGAGUUAAAAGAAGGUUACUGGGUCCAGCCGACCGUGUUUACGGACUGUACAGAUGAGAUGACCAUCGUAAAGGAAGAGAUAUUUGGACCUGUGAUGACCAUCCUAACUUACGAGGCGGUUGACGAGGCGGUCCAGCGCGCCAACGCGACGGAGCUCGGGCUUGCAGCAGGCGUGGUAGGCCGUGACAUCGAUCUAUGCCACAGCGUCAUCUCAAAGCUCGAAGCCGGAAUUACCUGGAUAAACACCUGGGGCGAGAGCCCCGCCGAGAUGGCAGUCGGCGGCUGGAAGCUCAGCGGUGUAGGAGUGGAAAAUGGCAAGAGGGGGCUUGAGACGUGGGUUAGGAAUAAGAGCACGUUGGUCGAGAUGGGCGGAAGCGUGCCGACUUCGUUUUCGAAACUGUAAGCAUUGAAUUAUGAAAUAGUUAACGUGGGAGAUAUGAAUCGUAUAAGGCAGGUCGCAUUGAUUGUUCAUGGUUUUCGAUAGGGUUAUAGGGAGGGAUGGUUCGAAAAAGAGGCGAAUUCUUUUUACCACCAGGUGAUAUUCAUGUACAUAUCAACCAAUUUUUUUUUGUUAUCGCCACAAUCAAGCUCAAUGGAAAGCAGAGGAGCUCCUCCAUAUGUUAUCGAUCAAUGAAAAAGAACAGUACAGGGAACAAGAAGGGAUAUUUCAAGGUUCAAGUAGACAUGAUCCUCUGUGUGUAUAUAAACUAUCGCAUGUUUUAACGAGAUCACAGUACUCUGAUAAACCUGAAGUAUGUUAAUACAACAUGUUCUUUAAACAAUAAAAAAAGGGAGGGUUCUAAGCAAGUUGUAAACCUCUAACAUGACUCUUAAAUAGAUAGGUGAUUAUAUUCCC